AUGAGUUCCUAUUUUGUUAACUCAACUUUUCCUGUGUCUCUACCGGGAGGACAGGACUCUCUCCUGGGUCAGAUACCGUUAUAUUCCUCGGGAUACACCGAUCCGUUAAGACACUACUCUAACGCAGCCACAUAUGGAGCAGCCAACAUGCAGGAGAAGGUUUACCCUGCGUCCUACUACCAGCAGACGGGCGCUGCGGCCGCGGCCAUCUACGGCCGGGCCAGCGGUGCGGCGCCCUGCGACUACAACCCGGUCGGUACUUUCUACAAGGACACGGAGGGUUCGUGCGCUUUCUCGAGCCGCGAAGACCAGCCGCUGUUUGUCACUCAGGAGCAUCAGCAGCGUAAAGCGGAGUGCCCGGAGCAGACUGUCAGUAUGAGCAGUAGCAUUGACGACAAGUCCUCCACUCUGAUCUACCCGUGGAUGCAGAGGAUGAACGCCUGCUCCGCCGGUCCAUUUGGCAACAGUGGCCGCAGGGGCCGACAGACCUACACCCGCUACCAGACUCUGGAACUGGAGAAGGAGUUUCACUUUAACCGCUACCUGACCAGGAGGCGCCGGAUAGAGAUCUCCCACGCCCUGUGUCUGACGGAGAGACAGAUCAAAAUCUGGUUUCAGAACCGCAGAAUGAAAUGGAAAAAGGAGAACAAACUUCUCAAUCCCUCAAAAACAACCGAGGAGGAAGAAGAGACGGAGAAAAAGAGUUAA